AUGACCGUUGAAAUCGAUCAAGCUACCCUGCUACGUGCCCAGACUGCCCCGGCAGCAAUGAACGGCCAUCCACAAGUUCCCAUUGGGACACCAUCCAUCAUGUCUUCCACGACUACUUUAGUUUCAAACCAUAGCGGAAUCAUCUCGCCUACGACUAGUCUGAUGUCGACGCCCGUCGGAAAUGACUCGCUCAUCAACAAGAAAGCAGAUCCUGCUCAGGGUCUUUAUCAAACCUGUGUGGCCUUGCGGGAGCGUCUAAUGCUCGUACCCGAUUUCGAGCAAUUCCUAGAACCCCUUCCAGGUGCCCUCGAGGAUCCGGUCUCGCAGCUUUGGAGGUGCUUUAGGAUGGGGUCUAGUCUUUGUGUUCUGUUCAACGCAAUGCGCCCAGUUUCUUUGAUUGAAGAUUCGCGAUGUCAACUUAACCUUGGUAGCGCGAACGAUUGUAAAGCGGCCACUUAUCACUUCCUUCAAGGAAUCAAGAAGGAGCUCAACAUUCCCGACUCCGAAUCUUUCAUGAUCCAUAAUCUCUAUUCAGACGAUACGAACGGCUUUGUGAAAGUCACUAGGACGGUUAGCAGAAUCUUGGACGAGCUCAAGAAGCGGAAUCUUCUGUUGAACAAGAAACCUUCCGAUACCAAUCGCAGUUCUUCAGAACGCAAACCGCUCGAUAAUAGAGCUCGUGUUGUGCAAGAGCUUGUCGAUACGGAGCGUAAAUAUGUGCAGGAUCUCGAAACUCUGCAGGACUACAUGCGUACGUUAGAAGCCGAUGAGGUUAUCUCGAAGGAUCUUAUUCAUGUUCUCUUUUUGAACUUGAACCAGCUUGUAGACUUUCAGCGCCGGUUUCUGAUCAAAGUGGAGACUCAGAAUGAUCUUUUGCCGGAGCAGCAGAGCUGGGGAGCUUUGUUUGUGGAAUACGAAACCUUUGCUGUCUACCAGCCUUAUGCUUCGAAUUUUAAAAAUGCCCAGGAUUUGGCUAUAGAAGAGAGGGCUAAAUUGGAGAAGAAGCCGCAUCCUGUUUAUGAUCAACUUAAUGCCUUCUUGAUUAAACCUAUUCAGAGAGUCACCAAAUAUCCAUUGCUAUUGAGGGAUUUAAUAAAGCAAACCGAUCCUCUGGAAGCCGAAGACCAAAACUUACAUCAGGGGCUCGAAGCAAUUGAAAACAUCAAUAGAAAGAUUAACGAAGCGAUUCGAAAAUCCGAGAAUGCUGAAGUUGUCAAGGAUCUUGAAGGUAGGGUUGAGGACUGGAAAGGGCAUAAGCUUGAACACUUCGGGGAACUGUUGCUCCAUGGUCAAUUUUCCGUCAUUAAGGGUGACCCAAAAGGUGACGUUGAGCGGGAGUAUUAUAUAUACUUGUUUGAGCGGAUAUUGUUGUGCUGCAAAGAGGUAGGCAAGGAUAAGAAGCAAAAUAGGGCAAUUGGUGUCGGGAGACCGCGACAGGGAAAGAAGCGGACUAUGCUGCAACUUAAAGGUAGAAUCUUUAUGCAGAAUGUUACCGAUGUUAUAUCCUUGGCAAAAGGCGGGUCAUAUACUCUGCAGAUAUUCUGGAAAGGUGACCCUGGUGUUGAAAAUUUUGUUAUUCGACACCCUAACGAGGAGCGACUCGCGCAAUGGAAUUCUAUGCUGCAGAAGCAGCGAGAGGUAUUCACAAGAGCAGGGACACCGGGUAGCCGUAACGGGGGUCGUACGGGUGCGGGUAUGAGAGCAACUGCAACCACCGAGUUCGCUUGGAUGGCCAAUUCCGACGCCACUGAUCAAGACAGAAGGAGUGAAGACGAGCGUUCUGAAGAUGAGGAGGAUGUUGAUGAUUCUCACGAUACUGCCACACUUAUCGGUACGCCGAGUUCUGGUUUCAAUAUGAGCCGUAACGGCUCAAGUACAAGUUUGAGAUCGCGAGCAGCUACAAAUGAGAAUUUAAUACAACCUCCGGCGCCAAUGGGAAAUCUCCCGGGAACAUAUGCUAGGCCCCCUCCAAGGUAUCCUCAAACGAGUGUUCCCCAUCAGCCCCCGCUUACCCUUAAUACUGGUGUCAGCCCCAUAUCCCAAUCCCCCGAACGAAAUGCCUCCUACUUCUCCCCCGUAACCGAGACUCCCUUGACAUCACGCACAAGUUCUUCGAGCCAAUUCCCGUUCCCUCGACAAACAUCGACUGGAUACUAUGAAGAACCGCACCGCUAUGGGACUCCCACUAUGUCUCGGUCCACGUCUAGGGAAGGCGCCGCAAUUGCCGCAAGUCAGGCUGCCCAAGCUCAGUUUGCCCACCACCAAGCUAGCCAGCGCUUACAAAGACCCUCACUUCCAGGUAUGGCCCCAUCUGCUUCCGCCACAGCAACUUUGCAACAAAAUCGAAUGCGAUCGGCCAGUAGUCCCAACAUCCAUCAUGUUCCGAGUCAAGCACAGCUCGCCCGUUCCCCCAAUGGAAUGAUUCCUCCCAUGCCAUCUGUUCCGUCGAGUUAUGUUGCGUAUAGCGGCGGUCCAGCUGUGAUAAACCGAAGUCAGAACAACUCGCCCACAUCCCCCAAUCUAUCAAUGCAGGGUGCACCAGCCAGAAAUGGCUCACCUGCAGUCCAGGACGGUCAUCAUUCAAAGCAUAACGGUAAUGUUGCAAAUGGAAGUUCCAAAUCUCACUCGCAGGUAAAACUUAAAGUUAACUUCGGCAAUGACAAAUUCGUCAUAAUUGUUCCCUACAAUAUCCCUUAUGUCCAAUUGAUGGAUCGUAUCGAGCGCAAGGUUAAGCUCUGUGGGUCAGGACCAGAGAUAGCUUCUGCUACGAAUCUCAAGAUUCGGUAUCGGGACGAGGAUGGCGAUUAUAUCUCGAUGAUUUCGAAUGAUGAUGUGCUGAUGGCUUUCGAUGCGCCUGGGGAGCCGGGGCAGAAUGAUAACACCGGAAUUUCGGGAGUGGUAACACUUUAUGUGUCGGUAUAGGUAUUCAGUAUAUUUCAAAGUCCAGGGGGUUGUGGAGGGUCUUCAAUUGUGCAUUGUUUCAUUGGCUUUUGCUUUUCAAUUAUUUCUUGAGGCGAUCAAGGGUGUGUGGCGUUACGAAAGUCUUUCUGAAGCUUUGUCGGUCGUUGUGAAUUUACCAGUGACCCUCCUUUUUAUUUUACUUGCCUUGCCUUUUCUUCUUGUUAUAUGUCUUAUUCGCAAUGUUUGGGGGGCAGAUAUCUUAUUGUUCUCAUUUAUUUAUUUCGCAAUAUCACUAUUGGCUGGAAUUGGGGAAAACGUGGCUUCGGAUGGAAUUCGGUUCAAUAUCAAGCCGGGAGGGAAGUUUUGGGGGAGGAUGGUUUUUUUCCCGACAAGCAAGAAAGCAGGCAAGAGAUAGCGAAAUGGUAGUGGCUUUCGCUGAAUGGAAAUGGUCGGUUUGGUCUUUUUUUCUUUUUCUUUUUCUUUUUGUCUGUUUGUCUUUGACUUCGGGGCCAAACUGCAAUUUAUAUCCAUCCUCAGGCUCUCCAGAAGAGAAAAAGGAAUUGCGCUUCUUCCAUCUGAGAUCAUGGAAUUUGUCUUGUGUUUAUCUUUUUCUUUCUUUCCUUGCUUUUUCUUUGCUCGGACUGAGCGCUUGCUCCUCACUCACCUAUUCUCGCUCGUCCCCUCAUACCUGUGAGACCUUACCUGCUUACUCACUUACUCACUUCAUCCUCAUCAUUCACGUUCACAUUCACACUCACUUCAAUACCCGGGUCACCGCUUCGGAAAGCAAAAAAAAAAAAAAAA